GGAUGCUGGGUGUUCAGUCCCUCCCAGCAUUGUGGUGAAGCCUGAAGCGCGUUCUUGUUCAGUCUGCAAGUCUCGAGCGGAGUGAGGCUUGUGUGUCGCGCUUUAGACAUAAUCGCAUUUAAUUAUUUAAAUUCCUAUCUCCCACUGCUUAUUUAAACACAGAGAUGGCAUCUGGAGUCACAGUUACUGAUGAUGUUAUCAAGGUGUUCACUGACAUGAAAGUGCGCAAGUCUGCUGAAGAAGCGGCAAAGAGGAAGAAGGCUGUUCUAUUUUGCCUCAGUGAGGACAAGAAGAAUAUUAUCUUGGAAGAGGGCAAGGAGAUUCUUGUUGGAGAUGUUGGUGAGACAGUGGUUGACCCCUACCUCACUUUUGUCAAGAUGCUGCCCCAGAAUGACUGUCGUUAUGCGCUGUACGAUGCAACCUAUGAGACCAAGGAGACCAAGAAGGAGGAUCUAGUCUUCAUUUUCUGGGCCCCAGAAAGUGCUCCACUGAAGAGUAAAAUGAUCUACGCAAGUUCGAAGGAUGCCAUCAAGAAAAAGUUUACAGGUAUUAAACAUGAAUGGCAGGUGAAUGGCUUGGAUGAUAUAAAGGACCGAGCCACCCUUGCACAGAAGCUAGGGGGCAACACUGUCAUCACCUUGGAGGGUAGUCCUUUGUGAGAAGCUUAAACCCUAACUGCCCCCAUCCUCCUCCUCCCCCUCCCUCCUCCCCUUCAGUGCCAGUACAAUGGGAGCUUCCAAGUACCAGUCCUGUGCUGUUAAUUUUCAAGGUUUGGGUGGGAGAAUUGGUAGUGAGGGCAUGGGUGUGAAUCAGGGGCUCCUUUAAUCUCCACAUUGGGGUUUCAUUCCGUUCAUUUGGGGAAAAUGUUUCACCUUCCAUUUACCAGCUUCUUGUAAAACACUUUGGGAAUAAGAGUCAGUGAAGUGAUGGACAAGUAGCGACUUUUCUUAAUGAUGGAGGAAAAAAUAGACCAAGGGAUGUUUUUCAUUUGCACCUUUUUGCCAAAAUAUUUCAAGUGGAUUUUUUUUCUUCAACUUUAGCCAAGCCUUCAAGUUAAUAGCAUUGAAAUGUGUAUUGGAAAAGUGUGACAAGAUUGAUUCUAACAUUCACCUGUAAUCUAAUAAAAUUAAGCAUUCCUUUAAAAUAAAGGGGAUCAGCGGUAGUGUGCACGUCCUUUGUUUCAGCAGAAGCACUUUUUAAAUUGCAGAAUUGGAGCACCAUUUUGACUUAAUGAAAGAAAAACUAGCUCUUUAAAAGUAAGUGGUUCUGUUAGAUUUUUUUAUGUUCAUUUUGUGACUGCUUUUAUAAGUUUGUUAGUCUUGCUUUUGUCAGCUGUUGUAUUUAUAGGUUACCACUUGCUUUGUUUUGAAAAGCACUUCCUUGACAUUUCCAAAAGAGCAAAAAUUUGUUUUGCACGCUUUGUGCCUUUUACAAACAUUGAUCUAGAACAGUUACCCCGCUCGGAUAAAAUUUAUACCAUCUUUGAAACACCUGUAAAAUGCAGCUUUUUCAUUAUUGGGUUAAGUGCUGCAUCUUUGUACUCGAAUUUAUUAGUUAUUUUGCAGUGUUUAUAGUUGUAAAGGGGUAAUUCUUUUGUGCAUCUGUUUACAAGUACUGCUUGGAGAUGGGAUAGAAUUUUUUUUUCCUGUCUGUGUCAUGAAGGAAAACUUUCCAACUUUUUUUUUUUUUAAAUGGAAAACUCUGGCAUUCCUUUUUAAGAUCAUUGUGUCUAAUGCAAACAAACUGUUAGAAAUCUACUUGUUGCACACACAUUGCUGCCAAUUUACACAAACUAUAGGAACAGACCAGUGGUUGUGCUUAUUCGUUUGAUGGUCUUGAUGUUGGGAGGGGAGGAAGGGAUUGAUUUGGAUUCCCAUCUGAGUUACUAAUAUGGAAGCAGCACCAAUAACCACAUUCAAUAAAAAGGAAUAAAUGAAACUUA